AACGAACCACAGCUGAUGGCCACCGCCUGGGCUGUUAAAGAUGCGCACAGCACCAACAGACAGGUAAAGAUGGGUCUCAUUCUAGGGGCGAUAGUAUAUCUAAAAGGCCUUACGGACACCAAGGGUUUUUAUGUCCACAAAAUGCUGUAGACUCUUCUUCUAUGCUACUCUCUCUACCGUCUGUCCUAUGGGCUGUUUAGGAAGUUGGAGUUACCAUCAGAUGACGGCGGUGGACUACUACGAUACUCAUGCACCACACAACGGAAUGAAGGCCCGCGUUGGACCCCGCGAUUGCAUUUGCGAGACAGAUCAAUAUUCACUAAGCAGACGCGUUAAGCUGGCCUUGUUCGGCGGAUUUAUGGUCACUUUAAUAAUUCUUUUUAUAUCGUUCGCUGUCUUGUCUUCUAGCUGUACCACAUGCCCGAGUCCUCAUCGGAAGACACCACAGCAAAUAUGUGCGUUGGUUCUUUCAUGCUUGCGGCAGGCAACCUUCACGUACAUUAUGUUAUUUUCUCUGGCGCUUGCUGUCGGUGAUCACAGUGGCGUUUACACACCACACGGAACACUCCUCCACCCCCCCUCUCCUACUACCUGUCGUUUCGUAAAUGAAAGAGCGAAUGCGAAUCAAUAAGCUCUGCUGAAACUUGGUUGUCUUCUGUAACCAGUAUAUCCCAGCCGCACUUCCCAAAUUUUCGCAAGUACCCUUCCACUUUCCACAUUUCACUGGUUGUCAGUGAAACUUUGAAGCCACGUUCUACUGGUACGGGAGGACUCUCGAACCUUGGCCUGGUCUACCUAGGCAUCGAGUCGUGGAACAAGGGUCGUCUACUCUCGUCGAUAGGUGAUUAUCUGUGUGCGCCUCUUCGCCCCAUGAUAUUUGGUUAUUUUUUUUUUUUGACUCUUGCCCAUCAACCCUUGCGUUUCAUCCGUUUUGGUCUCCUAGUAAUCGCGGUGCCCAAGAUAUAUUUUUCAAAGCAUGG